AUGGAAUACUAUGGCAUCCCAUCUCGUCGCUUCUCUGUGGCCUUGACCUACGACUUUGAUCUCAUGGAUGAGACUUCUUGGACGGUCUCGCAGUAUUUACAGCAAGAUGUCUUCAACCUGUUCUUGUUCUUUAUGACCCAGGUCGUAAUCCGCCUAGACUGCAGAGUGGAAUCGAUGGGUCACUUCGAUCGGGUGUUCAAGAUCAACGAAUGUCGAUUGCGCAAUUACCUAGACCAGCGCAUCUAUGAACUCAGCCAGUACAACCACAUGACUGAAGCUGUCGACCAAGCUGAAGAAGAAAAUCACACGGACUAUGUUGAUGACGAGCCAGACUGGGAAGAUGAUGAACUAGACUGGGACGAAGAGAUACAGUUGUUUCGCCGAGCCAGAAGUAUGGUCCCAAAGAUAGUCUCAGACAUCAGAGGAUAUCACAUGGCUCUGGUGAAGCAAGUGACUGAGUUUUGGCAGGAGCAGGAUGAGUUUGAGAAGUACUGUCUGGGCGACUUCUUCGCUCUGGCCGAGGAUUGGACGAAGUGA